AUUGAAACAAUUUAUGGCCUGUUUAUAGAUUCCUGCCGGUGUAUACUGACAAAGUCUGUUUGAACCUACAUAAUCAGCUAGAAAUCCUUUCAUCAAGCAUUGCAAACUUAGCCUAUUGAGGCAAAAAAAAAAAUGGAAGCAGAGCAAACCCCAGCAGUAAUACUAAGUUCAGGACACAGGAUGCCUUGGAUAGGCAUGGGGACUGUGUCAAACCCUUUCCCAGCAACUGAUAUCUUAGCCUCCAUUUUUAUCGAUGCCAUAGAGACCGGCUAUCGUCAUUUCGACACUGCGGCCGUCUAUGGCUCUGAAGAAGCCGUUGGCCUCGCGGUGAGAAAGGCAGUAGAGAGAGGACUCAUAAAGAGUCGCGAAGAGAUUUUCGUUACUUCCAAGCUGUUCUGCACUGAUGCUCAUCCAGGUCUUGUCAUCCCAGGACUAAAGCACUCACUUGAGAGGCUGGGGCUGGAUUAUGUGGAUCUUUAUCUGAUCCAUUGGCCAGCAAGAUUGAAACAAGGAAGUCCGCCUUUCAAUUUCCCGAAAGAGAACUUACUUCCAUUUGAUAUCAUAGGGACAUGGAAGGACAUGGAAGAGUGUUCAAGGUUGGGCUUAGCCAAGUCUAUUGGUGUCAGCAACUAUGGACACAAAAAACUCACUCAAAUCCUUCAACAAGCCACCAUCCCUCCUGCUGUUAAUCAGGUAGAAAUGAAUGUUGCAUGGCAGCAACAAAAUUUGCUAAAGUUUUGCCAAGAGAAAGACAUUCGUUUAAGCGCAUGGUCUCCUUUGAGCGGCUAUGGAGCUCCUUGGGGUUCGCCGGGAGUGAUGGAGAGCCCAAUUCUCGAGGAAAUAGCAGCUGCAAAGCACAAGACUGUAGCUCAGAUUGCAUUAAGAUGGGUGUACCAGCAAGGAGCGAUUCCUAUAGUGAAAAGCUUCAACAAGCAGAGGAUGAAAGAGAAUCUUCAAAUCCUUGAAUUUGAACUAAGCCAGGAUGAACUUGAAAAGAUCAAGAAAGUUUCACAGCGAAGAACGGUUUCCGGGGACGGUUGGAUUCAUGAAAACGGCCCUUACAAGACAUUGGAGGAACUCUGGGAUGGUGAUGUGUGACCUUAAGACAUUAUUGACUUCUUUUGUAUGUUGAAAAUCCAAACUUACCAUCAAAUAUAUUGUUGGAUUUGGUUUCAUCUAUUCCGUGCAUGGAUAUAUCGAAUCCGCAUGAGUUUGUUCUUUUUA